CAAAAAAUGUAUAUUAACAUCACAUUUGGUUUUAUAAUUUUAGCUUCAGGACUUUUUACCAUGUGUGCCACAUUUAAAGAGGAGCUUCACAAGUGCGGAGACUGCAGUAUUAUUAACAAGGAGAAGUGCAUAAUUGAUAAUCGCAGCGGAUAUAUUGCUGUAACCAGAGAUAUGUUCCCAUAUGCAGAUCAUGUCGAGGUGACAGAUUUUUCGGAUGGGGAUCGUGGAAUACCUAAGCUAACCAGUGACUUUGGCGUUUGCAUUCCCACCAACAUGACUAUUGAUGCUAAAGAUGGAUCCUAUGAAUAUAUAUGCGUUUGGUCACCCGAAGUCGGUUGUCAAAUCAUUCUUCCCAAUCGCUACACUGAAAAGUAUUUAUGUAUAAGGUGUCGUGAGAAUGAAUCUAUUGGUUGUCCAUGCAGAAUUCCCAAAGACGAUCGACCCAAAAAAGGAUCGGGGUCAGAAAAUCUGUGCUUCAGCUCGCUAAAUAUUCUUAUUCUUGGCUCUUAUCUUGUGAUGCAAAUAUGAU